AUGUCAAUUGCACUCAAACUUCGCAAUUUCACACGACCGAUUGUACAAGCCACCCGCAUCACAGCAUCAUCAUUCGUCAGAAUGCAGUCCACCAACCAGCACGGGCAGGGCGCGUCCCACGCCACCGGCCACUCCAAGGUUCCCGGCAAGGUCCAGGAGGCCGCUCCCCAGGGUCUUGAAGAGGCUCUCCCCGACAAGCUCCACCCAACAGGCGCCGAACCCGGCCAGAGCACCCACAAGACACACGCAAAGGACGAUGGCAACGCGUCCAUUGUCCCCAAGAAGGUCCAGGAGAAGCUCCCCGAGUCGAUCGAGAGGGCUGUUCCCAACGUCAUCCACGACACUGGCAGCAAGAAAUAA